AUGGAAUUAGAACGACAGAAAAAAAAAUAUUCAAAACCGCGUCAACUUUCACCGCCGCCAUCUAUAUUAACUCUUGAUGAAUUGGAAAAAGGAUUUGCAGACGUUGAUGAACGUGAGCCAUCAACAUCUGACAUUGGAAAAGAGAGAGGAAGUGAUGAGACAUCUACAAAUGCAAGAAAUAUUGAAAAAUUAGAAGUGAAACCUAGCGACACUGUUUCAGCAUGCAUAUCACCCAUUGGUUCAAAAGAAAUUAGCGAAACUGAGACAGGGUAUGAUGAGAAACCGGAUCAUGAUGCACCAUUGGGAACGGAAAAGGAAGAGAAUGUGGAAAAUGUUUCUUCCAUAGAUAAUAUAUAUUCGACGGCUCCGACAGCAUUUGCUUCCAUUUCACUUAUGAAUAACAAAGAUGCAACAAGAACAGAUGAUACGAUGGAAAACAUAGCACCGAGUAUCUAUCCCAUUAUGCAAUUGAAUGAAAUAAAGUCUGCGUCUUCCCAAAUUAUCGAUGAAUUGUCAACGUUAACUAACUCGGAACGAGUGCAAGAACGUGACAUAACUGGCAUACAACAAUCAUCCGAAAUUCAGAAUGAGAUUACGUAUGAGCACACAGCUAAUGCUAAUACGUAUCCGUCUCUUUUCCUAGAAUGCAAUGAAUACGGAUUGCUGACAGAAAACCAGUUGCUGUUAUUUUACCAGAAUGAAUUAUAUGAAGCUGUUGAAGAGUUUGUGGAUAAAUUUUUAGAACAUGAAGAAUUUCCACAGCAUAGUUUGCACGAAUAUUUGAAACGAUAUAAAAAAGUAUGUGAGGAUAUUGAUUCUAAAGAAACUGACGUUAUGGAUUGUGAACGCCUAGUGAAAGAUUGUACCCAAGCAUCAUGGACAGCUGAAAAUCGGCUUAUCAAGCAAGAAGGGCGAUGUGGAGAGCAGAAAUAUGCAACAGGUAGCGCAACUUAUUUAGUUGCGACAUUUCAUCCCGAAAAAGCCACGGAAUUGUCUCAUUUAUUGAAGCGUGAUGUAACUUCUCGUCUUGAUUCGUCAUUAAGUUUACAAAUUCAGAUGCGUUCUCUCGCAUUACAAAUUCAAUGGCAUAUUGUUGAAUGUAACAAUGCCUUCAUGGUGGAACAUCGUUGCAAUGUAAAUAGUCCACCAUGCUUUCUUCCUGAUGGUGCUGAUACUGUAAGUAGGCGAAAUCUUCGUAAUGCACUUUCGGAUUUGUUCCAUUAUUUACGUUAUCCAGAUCUUCCUUCACGAUUCACUACUGCCGUUUCUGGAUGGAUCAGUGAAUUGGUGGCCGUUCUUCUGAAAGCAUGUACCUCUUCUGAUCAGCAAUAUUUGUUGUGCCAGAUGCUUCGUCUAGUUUCACCAGUAUCGCAAUGGGCGGCACCAUUGCUGCAGUCAUAUAUCGAAAUUGAUAGCACAAAUGAUCGUCUUAUUAUUGAUAAUUACAUUGUAAUGAUGAGUUUACUUCUUUCAUCGAUACGGGGUCGUGAGAAUUUUUUGAGACGUGUAAUGAAUUUUGAAAAUGAAAACAAUACUUGGAUUAUUAUAAACGACGAUGGGGCCGAGAAAGAUGGAUCUGUAAUAACCGUAAGUGAAAGCGAUUUAAUCGCAUUUUUUAAUCAGUUUAGUGCUGAAGCUGCUUUUGCUAAAGCAAUUAGAUGUUUCGCUAUCACUCUGGGAAGCGAUCCAAUUAAUCAGGCUUUAACUUUAAUUGCAUUUGAAUUGGUGCUUAUUAAAAUAUUUAAUGAUGGUCUCUACGUCUAUGGGACAUUCAACUAUCGCCAAUUGUGUAAACAAAUUGGUUAUGCAUUACGCCAAAGUGUCAUAUGUUCAGCAGAAUUUUUGAAACUCAUCAAAGAUUUAUUAUCAUUUGAAGAAGCGGAAAUAGUGCAAAAAGAAUUCGAUCGCAUUAUUCUACAUGCAGUAUAUUACAUCGUUAGCAAGCAGAAUUUUAGUUUUGGACUUUUGCAAUUUGUGGUGGAUUUACCAUAUGAUUUUGCCAGUGAGACAUGUCGGAUGCGUUGUCAAAUAUUGUUGAGGCGAAAAAUGGCAGUAACAGUAGCACAAUUGUACGAGUUUCCAGAUGAUGACUUGCCUAAUUUAGUUGGAAAAGCUGGCAGUUUGUUUGAUAAAUUACCGGAUUUACCCAGUGACGAUCGCAUUUAUAUGAUUUCGGCUUUAGCAGCCAUUAUUUCUGCAUCGGAUGGAGGUAUUGAUUCGUUUGCCAUUGAAAUACUAAAUAUUUGCUUUCUUGAUGUUUCCAUGCGUGAUCAUUUCUAUAAAAUUGGUGCUGAAACUGUUGGAAUUCUUAUCGACAAGCAUCCAUACAUCCUUCAGAAAAUAUUGCUUUUUAUUGACCGAAAUCUCGAUUCUCUGGAUGAAUACGCUGUAGAAGUGCUAUCAAUAGCACCAUUGUCAAAAUGUCGCUUAUCGGUGGAUGACAUCGGCGUAAUAUGUGGAAAGUGGUUAAUUAACAGGCCACCAAAUCACCCUGCGUCCAGAAUUGCCAGGCGUGUGUUAGGUUCCAUGAAUUGGGGAACGGAUGAAAAUGGGAAGCUCUGGUUGCAACCUGAAGUACAUGCUGUCUGUGCUGAUACUUUAGUUAAGGGACAUAUGGCUCAGUGUAAAGCAACUAAUGGAUUAAUUUCGAAAUCCUGGAAUAAAGUUGCUAAAUUGGCAUCGAAAGUACCCGAUUAUGAGCAUCAGUUUGAUGCUUUCUGUUGGGAUAUUCUGAUACGAUUAAAGUUACCAUUGAAAGCAAAUGCUUUAAACAUCGAGUCAGUCAACGAUCUUGCUUCUUUCUUUGUUUCUGUUGUCCAGCGAUCAUUAUUAAGUGUCGAUGAAUUUUUAUCAUCAGGCUUGUCAUUGUGGUCGGAGCUCAUUACAUCGGGUUGCUAUGCUGGAUCAGUAGUAAUCCUUGCGCGACUAAUAUCAUCGUUUCCGGAUGCUGUCACUCUCUUAACUUCACAAGAAACCUUCACGCAAUGCCUUGAUCGAUUACUUCUAUGCGAUUUGUCCUCCUAUGCGGUUCAACUUAUUGCUGGCAGCAACAAAUUUCCUGGUCCGACUGUCCGGCUUUUAGGCUCAGCGAUUACUUACCAUCUAAAUGCGGAUUUUUCGCAAAUACAGUUGAGCGCUUGGAUACAAUUACUGUGCUGCAAAAGACCCACUCAGUGGAACACCGAUAAAUCCACACUUCAUUUGUUAGGAAUAUUGAUACGUAAUGCAUUUGUUAGGGAUCAAACAGAACUAUUGGGUAUUCCGGAGUUGCUUAAAGUCAAUUAUGCUGUUUUGUUACAGCAAUGGAAAGAUGGAUCAAAGAGUAUGCUGUCAUGGUUUACAAGUGAUGAUAGUGUUCCUUCUCUUAUUGAUUCUUCAAAUUUGGAUGUCUCACCAUGGGCAUCCUUUGCACUGUUAUUAGCGGAACAGCGGAGUCAUGAAGCAUUUUACGAAAUUUUAUACCAGGCAAUGAGUAAGCAUCCAAAAAAUAGUUUGGAGCAGUCCGUGAAGAAAGCAGCAUCCAAAUCGCAUGUAAACAUUCCUAUUGAAGGACUCCACUUUCACCGAUGGUUACAAUUUGCAUGCAGUAAUAACAUUAAAGACCAUCCGAUUUUUCCUCUUAUUCUGCAGAAUUUGGCAAUUCAUUUAUAUUCGCGAAAAAUAUAUUUGGCAGCAAAAUUUUGCUUCGGCGAGAAAUACCUUACAAAUCCAUCCAGUAAAUCUCUAUUUGAAGAAUUGCGAGAAAAGAUUUUACCUCAGUUGGAGUAUAAUAGUAAAAUGGAUGUCUCGCUAUUUUAUAAGGCGUUUGCUCAGUGGUUAUCAAAUCCCAAAAUUUGUAGUGCAUCAUUUCGUGCUUUCGAUAACUUUUUAUUGGACCAUUUACUACAGUUUAUUGUUGCAAAUGAUUUCCAUCCUUGGUUGGAAUAUAUAAACAUAAAUGAGCUACGGAAGAAAAUCAGUGAUGAACAGAAGCUGUACAUAUUUGCUUGUCAUCUUGGUUCACUUGUGGUUAACCCACCUGUAAUCAAGGCACGUAAUCUUACUCAACUGAUAGCGCAAUUCGGCAAACGCAGUCAGGCAUUGCCUUAUCCUGUAAUACCGUUGCAUCCAACAUUGCCACGAGAAGAUCCUUUUGAUUUAUCCAUUGCAUGUGAUAGCCGUCACUGUCUUACGCCUUACGCUUCACAUUUGAGAGCAAUCAACGAAGCUGCCAGGGUGUUUGUUGGUGCAAAAGACCAGAUAGAAAUGCUGGAUGACGAAUACGUAGGUUACUAUCCGGAUCUAUAUACCAAAUCAGCUGCUGAAUUAGCUAUUGUAUUGAAGUGUGGUACCGCCUUCGGUAAUAAAUGUGCGCAUCCUACUACAUCCACUGUAAUCGUUACAGUCAGUCGAUAUCAGACGUCUGUGGAAGCUAAAAUGAAAGCUAAUCGUCAAAAAAGAUCCGACAAAUUAGCAAGUACUUAUUCUAAGUUGUUUGAGCAGACAUCACUUCAUUGUGCUAAUUUGGAAAAUAUAGUGAUUAAAAUGUACGGUCAUAUGCAAGGUUUUGACUCUUCUUCUGCACUGCAUGCAAAACUUUUGCGUGAUGCAGGUCGAAUACUAUUUUAUCAUUCCACUUCCUCCAUCACCUCAUUGGAAAUGAUUUUCCCGGCAGUAGCAGAUUCGUAUGGAUUCAUCUUAGCGAAACUUGGAAAAGCAUUUAUUGCUGAUAAUCCACAGGAACAGCACAACUUAAUGCGUGUUAUUCUGAAUGGUUCCCAUUUAGCUCAUCUUUUAACGCCAUACUUUACUCCUCAUUGUGUUCCACCAGAUGAUUUAUUUAAUUUAUAUACAUCUCUAAGUAAAGCGGUCCGUGACCCAACCACUGCAUCAGUUGCGUUAGCUUUACUGUCACAGCUGGAUAUAAAGAAUGCAGGCAAUAGAUUACCGCCCCAUCAAUUUUCACAGCUUAUGCCUGCUGCAUUUGAAAAUUUGAUUUCAAUAUCAGAUACCUCACUGCCGCUAUAUGAUGUUUGUACAAAACAUUUCAUCCAUUCCGUUUUUCAUCGGUUCCCGAGCAAUUUUAUUGAUGGUUUAAAGCUUUCACUUUCUGCGUGCGAUACAAAAAGUACACCACUCUGCAUAUUUGAUGAAAUUGCCAAAAAAUUUAAUGCAGACAGUGUGAACAUAAUGGAUACUAAACCAGAGUAUAUCAUCGAUAUUAUGACUGCAACUACUGCAAGUGAAACAAUUGCUAUACAAUUUAAAAAAUCUAGGAAUGAAUUAUCUACUAGGCUGUACAGUAUUUGGGCAGAUUAUCUACCAAAAGUGUUGCAUUUAGUUCAGUUUUUCCUGUACAAUGCGGCAUCUUUAUCAUUUGAUCCCGAACUACCUACUGCAAAACUUGAAUCAGAAUUACGACAAGUGUUCGGAACUUGCGUACAUGUAUUUGGACCACUUUUGGAACCAUUUGGUCCUGGUCUUCCUCCAUGGAAUCCAGCCGAUACCGAUACUGCUACAGUUGUUCUAGAUUAUUUUAUAUCACUGAUGGAAAAACUUCAUCUGUUGUACGGUGCUUACUUUCCACCCGGUUCUGAAAAUUUGAUAACACUGUUUUGGCGUUAUUACGCUGAGAAACUGGCAUUUUUUACACGUGGUGGCUCUCACGUACAUCAAAUUAUUGAAAGUUGUUUUAUUAAUAUUCCUUGGCACUUAUUCUGGCCAAGUUUAUACGAUCUUGCUUCAAUGGAUAAAAUUAUGAUUAAUGGUGCACCGGAAAGUGCUCCUCUUAUUACUCAAAUUGUUGUUCGUAUUCCAUGGCUUCAUCUCAUACAAUACCAAGUGCAGCAACCUUUAGAUGCGCAUCGUGUUUUUUAUUCAUUGUUAUUUUCGCUAUUAGCAAGUUGUAUCAGUCGUCCAUCCAAUUAUACAAUUUGCCGUGCUUCAUUGCCAAAAUUGAUGAAUUCAUUGAAUCCAUUUCCAUGGCACUUAAUUGACGUGCAACAACUUAAUGCUAUUUCAUCUCGUAUUGCAUCCAAAUUUUCAGUAGUAGUCCUGACUGAUCCGAACGAUGUUACGCAUGCUUUCUUCGAAUUGUACCGCCAUGUUUGCUUCCUUGGAACAUUACCAGUUGAUCUUGUCUCGGCUGCAGAAGUCUGUCAGAAGCAGUCAUUUUAUAUUCGUACUCAACUUACCUUAAUGCUGGGAAAUGCAAAUGAUCGGACAUGGGUGAAACGUUUUUAUGAAGACCAAAUAAAAGUUGUUCAUAAUAUCGUUUCAUCAACAGGAGUACCAUCUGAAAACCAGGCAUAUCUGUCACGUGAAUUGACGUCAUUUUGGUCUGAUAUAUCUAAUAAUAAAUUCUUAGAAGUGUUUUCAUCAGUUUUACUGCAAUGGUUAGAAGAGAAUUGUAAUUCUUCGAUUGUUUUAUUACUACUGAAUACCACUACAAAUUCGUUAAAAAUAAAUCAGAUUUCGCUUGGUCUUCAAAUUAUCGAAAAAUGUAUUGGAACAUAUUUUGGAAGAAUGGGCUUAUGUAAAUGGGAUGUUAUACUAAAAUGGACUGUAUUAUCUGACAAUUGCGAUCAAGUUCUUUUCACUUUACCCAGUUCUGAAAAUAAUGCAUUUUUACCACUAUGCACAAAUACAUUUAUAAUGAAACAACUUAUAUCGCUAACAACAAUGGAAACUGCAUCACUGCAACAGGAAAAUACAUUGUUACGAACUUUGUUGGAUUAUAUAACAACCAUAAAACCAAGAUACGUAACCAAUGAAGCAGGAUUUUUACUUUUAAUGGAGAAAUUGCAGAAAUUAUUGCUGCGACAGUAUAAUUAUUCUGUAACACAGGGCAAUCAGUUUCUAAUGCAGUAUUUGGAAUGGCUUGAACGAGCAAGUAGUGAUGAGAAGUCAAGCUCAUUCUUUUCAUUGAUUGGUUUCUCUAAAAAACAUCCUUAUUCCACCAAAAUGCGUUACAUAUGCCAUUUGAUGAAUUUGUAUAUAUCUCAGCAAACUAUAGCUCCAAAUAAAUCACCACGAAAUACUAUCAAUGCACCGGUCCUCAAUUGUCGUACACAAUCAUUCAAGGAAUUCUGCUCACACAAGCAGUAUAUUCCAUUUCAAGCAACUUCUCAACUGGCUCAACCUUACUUUAUUCAAGUCCAAAAUUAUCACAUUCUACAUAUGAGUGAAUUGUUUGCACAUGUUGUUCGAUCAUUGUACACCGAAAAGUACUUAGAGGAAAUGCUUGCUAAUGGCCAAGAUUCUUAUUAA